CUUCCCUCCGCCAUUCAAAUCACUCCUCUCAAAUUAAAAACACCUCUCUCUCUCUCUCUCUCUCUGUUUUUCUGAUGGGUUCUUUGAAGCUGCGGCCGUCGACGACGGCGCUGAAAUGGCUGGGAUUUGUCUCCGCCGUGUGGGUUCAGGCCAUUUCCGGCAACAACUACACCUUUUCAAACUACUCCGACGCCCUGAAAUCUCUGAUGAAUCUUACCCAACUUCAACUCAACAACCUCUCCGUCGCUAAAGACGUCGGAAAAGCCUUCGGACUUCUCGCCGGAAUCGCUUGUGACCGGUUUCCCACUUGGGCGAUUUUGCUUAUUGGAUCUCUUGAAGGUCUUAUUGGCUAUGGCGUUCAGUGGCUUGUUGUUAGCCAGAGAAUUUCUCCUCUUCCUUAUUGGCAGAUGUGCAUCUUCUUGUGUUUGGGCGGAAACAGCACAACAUGGAUGAACACGGCGGUGCUAGUAACCUGCAUCAGAAACUUCCGGAAGAAUCGCGGCCCAGUUUCCGGCAUUCUCAAAGGCUACGUCGGCCUCAGCACCGCCAUUUUCACCGAUCUCUGUUUUGCUCUGUUUUCUUCCAACCCAUCUCCCUUCCUCCUCAUGCUCGCUUUCGUCCCCUUCGCCGUCUGUCUCUUCGCCAUGUUCUUCCUCCGUGAAAUCCCACCUCCACCCUCCACCACCGCCGCCGAUACCCAACAAGAAUCCGAUUACUUUUCCGUCUUCAACGCUCUAGCCGUCGUCGUCGCCGUUUAUCUCUUAUGCUUCGAUUUCAUCAAGAACUCCGGCAGACUCAUCUCUCAAUUGUUCUCUUUCGGCCUUCUGUUUCUCCUCGGAUCCCCUUUGGUUAUCCCGAUUUACUCGUUUUUCAAGAGCUGGAACUCGAAUCGAGACCGAUCGGAUCUAGAGGCCAGAAUUGAGGAGCCGCUACUGAAGGAAGAAGUGGUAACAGAGGCGGUGAAGGAGGAGGCAGGGGAAAUUGCAAAGGAAGAACAGAGACUGCCGGUGAUCGGAGAAGAACAUACGAUUUUUGAAGCGGUGAAAACGAUUGAUUUCUGGGUGUUGUUCGUGUCGUUUCUGUGUGGAGUUGGGACUGGAUUGGCGGUAAUGAACAAUAUGGGUCAGAUCGGAUUGGCUCUGGGUUACGCCGAUGUUUCCAUGUUCGUCUCUCUCAUAAGUAUUUGGGGAUUUUUCGGCCGGAUUCUUUCCGGUACACUUUCCGAGCAUUUUCUCAAAAAAGCAGGCACACCAAGGCCUCUAUGGAAUGCUGCAUCCCAAAUUCUAAUGACCGUUGGAUACGUUUUGAUGGCCAUGGCAAUGCCGGGUUCUCUCUACAUCGGCUCGGUCAUCGUCGGGAUAUGCUACGGUGUUCGUCUCUCCAUCACCGUCCCCACCGCCUCAGAGCUCUUCGGUCUCAAAUACUACGGUCUAAUCUACAAUAUUCUCAUCCUCAACCUCCCGAUCGGCUCCUUCCUCUUCUCGGGCCUCCUCGCAGGGUUCCUCUACGACAUGGAGGCGACCCCGAUCGAGGGCGGCGGGAACACGUGCAUCGGAGGGCAUUGCUAUAGAAUUGUGUUUCUUGUGAUGGCCUUGGCUUGUAUAAUUGGCUUUGCUUUGGACAUUUGGUUGGCGUUCAGAACCAAAGAGCUUUAUUCUAAGCUUAAAGCCAACAAGAAAACAAAGAAGGGAAACAACAAUAACAACUCCUAGAAUGGAAAAAUUAAGAAUUAAUUGGUGGAUUGAUGGGAUUUUUACCCAAUGACAUCCCCCAAUUUAUAUAUAUAUAUAUAUAUAUUGGUUUUUUCUUUUUGAAAUUAUCAUUUUUUAGUUUCAUUGUUGAAUUUAUAUCAUUAGAUUGUAUAAGCAAGUUUUGGAAUUAUCUCUUUCCCCAUUUCUUGUAGUGAGUAAUUUGAGUUGUACUUUUAAUCAUGAAUUUUCUUAAAUAAAUAAAUAAAAAAUAUCCAAAUUUGUACAUUGCAA